GACCCCCCGCACAUCAGCAGUAUAUAAAGGAUAAAAGAUCAUAAUCAUCACAAGAUCGGUAAGACACACACUCUUGCUAAGUGCUUUGAUUAAAAGGUUUGGAACAAAUGGGAUCUUUAAUGUCUGGUUGGGACUCACCUGUACCUGAUCGUGAAUCAGUGAAAUACCAAAGGAAUAGGUCACAAACUAAAGGAGACAUUGAUGCUUACUGGAAAUCGAAGAAGAAAACAGAGGAGGAUCAUCUCAAAGUUUUCUCUAGUCCAUCUAAUAGCAACCAGGAUGGCAUGUACGGAGAUGGAGUAAAGUUUCAGAGACCAAGCUCUACAGCCGAUACAGAGAAGUUCAUGGACUCGGAAAUUGAACCAAGUCUGGAGCAACUCAUCAAGAAAAAUGGCUGGUGGGCUAGUAGCAUCUGGGCAUUUCUAAAUGAAACACCAGAACUGGAACGUUCCUCCAACAAUUACUCAACACAGUUUCACAUCGCCACCUCAAAAUCCGUCAGUGGAGCCAGUGCUGUGUGAUGGCCUCCUUGCUUCCUGUAUACUGCAUGGAUUUACUAGAAAAGCUAAGCUACCACCUUUGUAAGAUGCUGUGAAUAUGGAGAAGUUGAAUGUGAUUAGUGGAUUUUGUCCUCUUUUCUGGCCACUUGAUCAUCUGUAUAAAUUAUUAAGAGUGCAGGAUGGUUGGCCAUCAAGACAUUGACUUGUAUAACUUUAUUACACCAGGCUUUUAUCUUUGUUGUCCCCCUAAUUAAUCAAGAUGGUUUGAAAAGGCCUUCAUGAGAAAUAAAGUGAAAUUGUGCAGUUUGUAUCCUGCUAUUCUAUA